UCAAAAUUUUUAAAUUUACCGCGGUUCAUCGUACUCAACAGUUCCGACGUUUUCUGCGAUAAGUCUUACCAAAUGUGGUAGUUUGAUCGCUUUAAUUUUAAUCUGAUGUAGAGAUAGAGAAAUCAAAGGUAUGAUGAAUCCUUCGGAUGAGUGGGAGCUGAGUAAAGAGAACGUUCAGCCACUGAAACAUGGGCGGAAAGUGACUAGUUUGACGGCCGCUUUGCAGCCGCACAACGUUGAUCAACAUCAGCAGCUAAUUCUCCAACGACAGGCCAAGGAAGCCGCCCUACGCAGCUACACAGGAGAUGACCCCCUACAGCCCUGGCACGAAUACAUCAGGUGGACAGAGCAGGCCUACCCCAAUGGAGGCAAGGACAGUAACCUCCAACCACUGCUGGAGAAGUGCCUCAGCAAGUUUAAGGAUGAGGCACGCUACAAGAACGACGCUCGAUAUGUCAGCUGUUGGAUAAAACUGGCCAACUGCUUUCUGAACAACCCUCUGGAGAUCUUCCAGUUCAUGCGGGACCAGGGUAUUGGCACCGAACUCAGCAUCUUCUACGAGGCGUGGUCCUGGGAACUAGAGCAGCUGGGCAACACCAAGAAGGCAGAUGCCGUUUACAGAGAGGGGCUCGCCUGCCGCGCCCAGCCCAAGGAUAUGCUGGAGAUGGCACACAGAGAAUUCCAGUCGCGCGUUGCCCGGGCAACUGUGAACCAGAUCCAAGAGGGGUCAGAUGCCUCUGGGACGCAGAUGGAGCAACGGGAACACCUGGGCGAGCUAAAGGGUAAAGGUCGCCACCAGAAAGUCAGCAGCCAGAGAGUAGGGGCAGCCAAGCAUGUAAACAAAGGAGGACUGAAUAUCGCUCCGUCAACCCAACAAGUCGGUCAAUCUUUCUCUGUGUAUUGUGACAGCGAAGCUUCCCAGGCUGCCUCUCGCCCCAUUCAGUCCUCACUACCGGCCCCGACUGGCGAGUGGGAACGCAUACCUGUCCAGGGAGAAACGCAGAAGGAGAACGUGCGAGAGGCAGGGCCUUGGGCUGGACAAAAGGUUCGUCAGCAUAGGACUGCCACUGGGGGGAUAGGAGUCAGCCAGCUAGCCACCUUUGCCCAGCCUUCCUUCAAGGUCCACGUGGAUGAGACCGGUCCAGAGAUCACGACACCUCAGAGGAUGCCUGAGAUGGGCAGCCAAGUACUGAGCGCUCGCAAACCAGAGAAACCCACCAACCUGCUCCAGAACAUUGCCCAGCAACCUGUCACGGACGAUAAGACUAAAGCCAUGUAUUGUAAGCAUCUGAUCUACAAUGGUGCCAAUGAGAUGUCCUUUGAGGAGCUUAGAGCGAUCAAAUACAAUGCCAGACGUGAAGCCAAAAAACUAGAAGAAGAGCGAGCAGCCUUGGAGAGGCAGCGAGUCGAAUACCAGGCCUUGGUGCGGCAGCAGCAGGAAGCCAUGGAACAGCAGCUGCAACAGCAACGCCUGAUGCACCAACAGCACAUGGAAGAGCAGAAGAGGGCCACGCAACAAAUGCAGCAGCAACUACAACAGCUGAUGCAGUACCGUCUUCAGCCACAGGCAACAGUGCCUUCACAGCAGGUGCCAAACCAAGGGCAACACCCAGGCCAGAUGGAACAGUCAGAGCCGCUGUCACACGAUGGUGGUGCUUUGCUCUCUUGCAGUAGGAAACCUGACAGUGAACCAAGAGAUCCUACUGUUACAAGGCAGUUAAUGUAUGAAGAAACUGGAAAUCAUGCAGCCUGGAUGCUUGCAGGUGACACAUCCGCAUCUUGUCAACCGAUCCCUUCAUCAAGCCAGGCUGACGGACACCAUCGAAGCACUGGCAAGAUAACGCCGGGUUCCACUGCCACCGGCGCAGUGGCUGCCCCAAACGUCUCGCAGACCCCCACCCCUAUCGAGCGUGGCGCCCCGACCCCGGGCUCAGCUCACUCACGCAACACCUCAGGUCUGGGCCUGAGCCGCAUGAUGACGCCCAGCCACACCCCGGGGGCUCUGACACGCCCCUCACCCACCGUGCACACCAAAGAGGCCAUAAGCGUGGUCAUGGCCAUGCUGAAUAACCCCCUAGGGGACGAUGAUGACUUUGGAUGGGGGGCUGGGCAGCAACUCCCCCCAGCCCAGAGAGACAACGACUUUGAGGCUAACUUUGCAAAUGCCGAUUCCCAGAAAUGCCAGCCGCAAGCUUUUCCAGACUUCCAGGGCCCCGCAUCGGACACCAGCGAGUUCACCUCUGCCAGCAAAGGAACCACUGCUGGUCCUGCCUUCACCAUUUUCAACGAGGCCGAGGUGCUGUGUGCUGGUGGAAGGCAGGCCAGUCUUGAUGAGUAUGACCACCUGGACAAUCAAGAAAAUAUACCGCCCAAGGAUUUCGUCAAGCCAAAACCAGACGGCCGUCAGAAACUUGGAGUUUUGCGGCCCGCCCAAGGAAUUCCCUUCAUACCCUUGGAGGAACAAGAAAGAGCAGCCAGGGAAGAGGAAGAGCGAAGCCCACCAGAGGAGAAUGACGACAUAAUGGAAGGCAUACAGCCCUUGCCCGUUGGGGAAAGCAGUGGCCCAUCAGAAGUGACAGCACAGCAGGCCAUCAACGAGACCAUCCUGGACCACCAGGCCGGCCGCUCAGCCUUCAAGGCCCACUCCCGCAUGGCUUCCACUCCCUUCACCUCCUUGGGCGUCCUGUCCUUCCCUCCGCUCAGCUCCAUCAAGCCCUCACUGCUGUUGGGCGCAGAAGUGGAAGACAGCACCCUGCUCCAGGACUCCACAGCAAGGGCCGGCAGUGGCCGACCAGUAACCUUACCCACUCGCGUCAUGAUGACCAAUAGUCUGGAAAGCUUUGAAGCGACUGAGUGCACUAUCAAUGCGGACAGUCAGCAGAAAUUAAGCCCCAUCAUGGAACGUAGCAAUGAAGACGCUCGCUCCUCUGCAUCCAGCAGCACCAACUCCACCGGCUCCUCUCACCUCAGCUCCACGACCCACACCGGCCUGUCCUCUGUGUCCCAUGCUGGCCUCCUCUCCACCACCCGUGCAGACAGGACGUCCAUCAGCAGCUCUCACCCUCCCUCCGCUGGGCUGAGUGCCCCCUCUCCCUCCUGUUUCACCUUCCCAACCGCCAACGAUGGCUCCUUGUCCACCCGUAAUGCCAUCUCUCAUGGAGUCCAUUUGGAUGGCAGUGACAAUCUGUCAACCGGCCAUCAAGCUUCUACCAUCAGUCAAGAUCCAUCAGUCACCUCCAAACCGGAUUCUCCAGCUUCCUUGCGAGACGGUACAUCUAUAGCUCCAUCCAGUUGUCUCAGCACCGACUCUGGUCAAUUCGGAGUUAGUAACGCCUUGCUGUCCACCACCCAGAGUGGUUCACUUGCCUCUAGCGCCAGCAUCCAGUCACUUCCACGUAAUGGCCGCUCUCUGGCCAGUCCACCGUCAACCAGCCUCCAGGCCUUGGACAUGAGCCACGUCAGUGUGCGUCGGGGACUUGGCAAUCAUCGCACCCGGGUGGGAUCCCACGGCGUAUUCGACACUUACAGCAGUAACUCACUACAAGUUAAUGAGUCCUUUGGUGAAUUCAACCUUAGUGCAAAUGGCAGAAAUGGUUCAAAUGUAGUCAGAGCAAGUGAUCAUUAUGUUGGUUUCAAUCCAGACCAUCUGCAUGGAAACAAGUCUCAGUCCUUCAGAAUCUUCAAUGAGUCUGCCGACUGCAAACCGUCAGCCCCUGCAACUACUGGAGGAUCCUUCAAAGUCUUCAAAGAUAAACCCGUAGAGACCUCCGCAGCAUCUAUGAGGGCAGUCUCACAGCCCGUCCAAAGUUCUACAGGCCAGCACAGCAACCUCAAUCGUGGGUUAACCUCUGCAACUUAUUCAUCCCAGUCAAUGUUUGAAAAUAAGAGGCCUCCUUUAGAAAAGCUAUCUGACAAGGUUCAAGGAACCAGUCCUCUUGAAGGGAGAGGCAAGCCAUAUUUGGAGCCAUCUAAUAGCCACCAGUCAUUCCAAAUCUUUGACGAGAACAUGGGUACCCAUGCACCUUUCACUGACCAGGGAACCAUGCAGUCUUUUCAGUCAUCCAUGAAUGAGUUUAUCAGGGAGCAGGUUUCUGCUCCCGUCAACCACGAUCAGCAACCACCGAAGUGGGAGGAAUCCCUGGCAAAGGAGUCGAGUGCACCGGAUGUGUCUCUGCACCUCAGCACCUCGCUCAUGGCCAAGAUGCACCUGGGCGAACCCGAGGACUCAUUCACAAAUGCGAGCCUGCAGCGUGACGCCUCACUCAUGGAUUGCUCGGAGGUGCCCGAUGAACAGAGUGCAUGCGCCAGAGCUCCUGCUGUUGACAGUGAGGACAUCGACCCCUUCUCUGAGGUCUUGAAGGGACAUCUGUUGAGCAACCUUCCAAGACAUCUAAGUGAUUAUGAGGGCUACUCUGAGUGGGAUUACCCCAUGCCGGAACUUGUGCCGAGUGAAACAGUUGGCUUGAGUGACGAGUGGUACACGGUGGAGAAACUGAUAGGCGAGGGGGCCUUUGCCAAAGUGUACCGGGCGUCCAUCCUGUGCCUCCACACCGAUGACUACAGGAAGGUCCCGGAGGGAGCCGACGACAAGAUGGUGCUCAAGGUCCAGAAGCCGGCUUGCCCCUGGGAGUUCUACAUCAGUCGCACCCUGCACGAGAGGCUGGCUUCACUGGGAAACCCCAUGGACGUGAGGGCGUCUGUCAUGUACGCCAGCAACAUGCACGUCUUUCCUGACGGCAGCUGUUUGGUCAUGAAGCACCACCACCUGACGUUGCUGGAUGCCGUUAAUGCCUACAAUCGAUCCCAGACGGUCAUGCCAGAGCCAUUGCUGCUGCUCUUCACCAUCGAAAUCCUGCACGUCGUGGAACAGAUGCACGCCUGCGGAAUUGUCCAUGGAGACAUCAAGCCGGACAACUUCUUGCUCAUCCUGGAUGAUGAUGAUAACGACAACACUGACGAGAUUGCCGCUAAUGGGACCUUGACCAACACCAAGCACAUCAAGCUCAUUGAUUUUGGUCGCAGCAUCGAUAUGCGAUUGUUCCCGCUUGGCAUGACCUUCCGGACUGCAUGCGGUACGGAUGGCUUCAUGUGCCCGGAGAUGCUUAAAGGCCAACCAUGGACAUACCAGACUGACUUAUUUGGAGUAGCUGCAACCGUACAUUGCCUGAUGUUUGGCACCUACAUGAGCAUAUACAACGAAAAGGAACGUUGGAGACAUACCUCGAACAUUAAGAGAUAUUACGAUGUCAUAUGGAAAGAGUUCUUUGACAGCCUGCUCAACAUUCCGAGCUGUGAUGCGCUGCCCUCUCUUGGCGAGCUGAGACGAGGCUUGGAGGAAAGCCUUGCGCGGAAGCCCAAUAUCAACCUAGACAACAAGAUAAAUAAACUCGCUUCCCUGCUGACCACCAAAUAGAAAUGUGCACAGAUCGCAUCACUGAUUACCACCAUUAACGUUCAGGGAAACCCGUUCGGGUCGUUGAAAGAGACAUUGCUUACAAAUCAUUUGGAGUAAACCUUCACUUGUUGAGGCCCUUAAAUGAAUGGUGUUGAAAUCCAUGUCUGUUGACAAGUUUCAUCCUGAGACACGUAUCUGAGUGCCGUGACUGGAAAGUGCAUUACCGUAUCGCCAUGCACAAAUAAAUGGCUAAGUUUUUGGAGCCUUCAAAGAUGGCUUCCACCUUAUUUGGCAUAGCAGAGGGCACUGCCAUUUUCAAGGAGCAUUGAUCAGGUGAAGCGAUAACUAAAUACUUUGUGGGUUAGAGAUAUUGUUUAACAUGAACUUUGUGUCUUCUAGUCGGUCUUAAUGAUCCAAAGAUGGCUCCAACAUGACUUCCAACCCUCCAUCUCAACAUGCUGUCAAGUCAGUAAAUCAAGUCAGUCCAUGUUGCAUGUUGUCUAAUUCGUGAUUGGAGACUCUGCUGAGAUUAAAAACCUCGAAAUCAAAAUCACAACGGCAUGCAGUAAUUAGGUAUUUUGAAUAGAAAACCUUACAUGUAUGUGUGAAAAAAUAUUUACUUGUUUAGUAUUCGAACAUUCUUUACACAGUCGGUCACAGAAGAGGAGACAAUUAUUGCUAGUAUAUUUGAAAUAAUGAAUUUAAAGGAAACAGCACAGGGACUGGAUAUUUUGAGUCAGGGAUUUAAGACACCGAAACAGUCUUACUGUUCAAUUUACUGCUUCGAGGGAGAUUGUUAGAUACAUUAAAGGUUGUUGCAACUAAGACGGGCAUUUUCUAUCCUACAUGUACAACACAACGAAAACUUUUUUCAAGAUGUAUUUUGGUUUUUUUUGCGUUGGGGAGAUGUUAAUUAUAUGUAAAAGGUUUUGCCCUUACCCAACGUAUAUCAAUAAGCACUGUUAAUUAUGUAUAAUUAACAACGAAAACUGUUAACAUGCUUAGUAUAAAAGCCAAUGAUUUACUGUCUUUGUUUUUAAGCCUCCUGCCACGUGACUGUACCUUUUAUGUCUCGUUAGUUUGUAACUAGUUGAUAUACAAGCUAUCACCUGUAAGUAACAAUCUCCUAUGUGUUUUUGAUAUACAAGUUCGAGGAGGAUUCAUUCAUUAAAUAUGAUGUAAACAUCUGUUUAAUUGUUGGGCAGACAAGG